CAUUUGAACCAUUUGAACCAUUUGAACUAUGUCCGUUUUUCUUUACGAACUUCAGCGCUACCGUCGUGAAUUGUUUACUAGAUAUGAACUCUUAGCUCCUUAAUUAAUCUAAAAAUACUGAUCAGUUCUCAAACACUCCCUCAAGAUUUCAUCAUUCUUUUCUGAGGAUAUCAAUAAACUAACUAACAUAAUAUAUGACCAAUUUUUUGGACAAGACUCAGUGGCAGCACUUGGUGGCUGGUGUUACUGGGGGCGUUGUAUCCGUUUUGGUUUUGCAUCCAUUGGAUUUGGCCAAGAUCAGAUUGCAGGUGAAUGAAGGUACAGGUGUUAUCGCAUGCAGACCCAAAACAACGGGAACUAUUCAAACAUUGUAUGAGAUAGUUCAGUGUAGAGGUCUUCGUGGUCUUUACCUUGGUUUCACCCCGAAUGCUAUUGGAGCGGGUAGUUCAUGGGGUUUGUAUUUUUUCUUCUAUGAAAGCUUGAAACGAUUUGCUCAGCGCGGUGAUAAAACCAAAUCUCUCACUACCAAUCAAUAUCUCACAUUUGCUGCUUUGUCAGGUGUGAUUACACUUUCAAUUGUAAAUCCAAUUUGGGUGAUUAAAACUAGAUUAUGUUUACAAUAUGAAAAGGUAACGAAAUCUUUUCCGAAAUCUCAAAUUAAAAAUCCAUCAUUAGUAAUACAUUCUCAAUCUACAUGGCAUGCUUUGCAUAAUCUAUGGAUUCAUGAAGGUUUUGCUGGGUUGUAUCGUGGUUAUGUACCCGGUUUAUUCGGCGUUAGUCAUGGUGCUAUACAGUUUAUGUUUUAUGAACAUUUUAAAAAUUCUUAUAAUACACGUUAUCGAGGAAGGUCAGUUAGUGAGAAACUGUCCGCUGUCGAAUACCUGACAUUUUCAUCUGCUUCUAAACUGAUUGCAGCUGUAAUAACUUAUCCGUAUCAAGUUAUUCGUUCAAGAAUGCAAGACCAGCAUAGGAAAUACGAUGGCGUUACUGAUGUUAUUCGACAAUUGUGGAGAGGUGAAGGUGUUCAUGGAUUUUAUAAAGGACUUGUUCCAUAUGUACUCCGAUGUACUCCUGCUUGUGGAAUUACAUUUCUUGUAUAUGAAUAUAGUUUAAUCAUAUUUGAUUGGAUCAAAUGACAAUAAUUAGCUUUCAAUUAUAUAUAGUUAAUUAUGCUUAAUUUGUUUUACACGUAGAUGUCUUUGACUUACAUUUUGUAGAAUUUAUAUGUAUAUACCAGUGAUCAUAAUUUUUCUGAUUUGUAGAUUGUUGUCAAUUUAAUUCUACCCCAUUUCUACAUUCUCUGUAUUCUUAUAAUGAAUUGCUUAUUAGAGUUG